UAUUAAUUGUUAGUUGACUGGCUUUCUAUUGCCAAUAGCCAUACGAUGGUAGUAUAGUACCGGUUGAGGCGGAUAUGAGACAUUAUUUAGUGGGCGAAGGUUUUCACAACUAUCACCACACGUUUCCCUGGGAUUACUCGGCCUCUGAGUUGGGUUGGAUGGACGCCUUCAAUCCUGCGACGGCUUUCAUCGACUCGUUUGCAUCGAUUGGAUGGGCCUAUGAUCUGAAGAAAGCAUCGGAUGAUAUGGUGAAGAAGCGACAGACCAGAUGUGGUGACGUUGACUACAAACAUAAAUCUCGAUUUAUGGAAAACUUCACCGGCUCAUUCGUGUUGGCAUUGCCCAUGUGGGCUCUAUUCCUAAUCCGACUAAAUGUAUGGCUUUUGUUAUUAGUAGCGGUCGUGUGUUAUCUCAUAGGGAACCAUCCAAACGGUUUCUCUCGCAAACAGAAAGUUAUAUAAAUUUAGGAUAAAAUUUUAAAAAGUUUUAACAUAGAUUUUUUUUUGUUAAUCUUUAAUUAUA